UAUGAACAACAGGGAGACCAUCAGACCUUCUCGGUGUCAUAUAAACCAGUUGAAGAAAACGUAAAUUCGAAGUCAUCUGAAGAUUUUGAAGCACAGCUUGAAAAGAAAGCUAAACAUAAGGACUCCCCAUCAAGGGAAAUUGAGAAAAUGGACAUAUCGGAAUCAAUUCAAGAUAGAGAAUGUGAACGAGGUGCUAUGGAUGUUGGCUUUUCUGGGGUUAGCCAGAGUUCUAACGAUCCCAUUCCAUCAGCCAUGCUGCCAGAAUCGAUGGUUGAAAAAGUUCCUAUUCCAUUAAGUUCAUCCUUGUCUCCUAAAUAUGACUCACACAAAAUGGUUUCAAUUGAGCAAACCUCCUCAUCGUGCACUGAUCCAGAGACGCACCUAAAGGUCCAAAAUUCUGAUGAACAGAUGGCAGAAAUUAAUUCGUUGGACAAUUUGCUACCUGAAAAUUUAACUCCACUGGCCCCUCAAAAUGCAUUGAAUUUGUCACUGGAUUCAACAGCUAACCCAUCUUAUGAUAAAGAUCAUAAAGAACUUCAGGAACCAUCUAAUCCUCCUAAAGAGUCUACCCAUAGAUACAAACUCAAAGCUUGCUCGAGUGACAAAAGCCUCGCUCGAGCGAAGACACCAAAAACUGGGCAGUAA